GGCGGAAGCGCUCUCAGAGUGGCAGUGCGUCGCGCUCGUGCAGUAUGCGGGGUCACAUGAGCGCUGGUCACGUGAUGUUUGUGAGCCGCUGCUGCUGGAAACAGUUUCACAUCGAUCAGGAUCAGGAUCAGGAUCAUCAGACGCUAGUAAAGCGAGGCUCGUGUGCACAGAACACUACAGAACCUGAAAGCGUGUGUGUGUCAGGAGGAAGAGGAGGAGGAGGAUGAUGAUGGACAGGCAGGAGGAGGAAGAUGAGGAGGAGACAGUGUGCCGUGUGUUGGAGGACAUGGUGUGUGUGGAUGAACAGACGGUCGAGCGUCUAACAGACGGGUUUCUCUCUCAUUAUCUCCCGGAGCUGUGCUCCUCCAAACGAGCGCUGCAGGAGCUGAAACAAAACCAGGUGAUUCUGCUGGAGACGCUGGAUCAGGAAGUGGCGAAGGUCCGCGAGUGCAACGCCACGAUUGAUCUGAACGCGCUGUUCACAGAGGCCAAAGUUUAUCACAGCAAACUGGUGAACAUCCGCAGAGAAAUGAUCGUUCUGCACGACAAGACCACCAGACUGAAGGUUUGAGCUUCACACCAGAUCCACGCUGUUCAUAUAUUGUCCUGAGAUAGUGAGGACUGACGUGUCACACUGAAAACAAGCUCAAAACAUACUCGAACUUUUAGAAAUUUACACUUGAAAAUUAAAAUGUGCUCACCCUCAGUUUAUCCCAGAUCAGGAUGAGU